AUGAACAAGCCAUUGUUCAUGAACAUUGUGGAUCGACUCUCCAACGAAGUUCAAUAUUUUCGGGAAACAAAAGAUGGUCUCGGAAGGAACAGUCUCUCUCCACUUCAAAAGUGUACCGCCGCCAUUCGUGUCUUGGCAUAUAGUUCUGCAGCUGAUACCGUCGACGAAUACCUCCGGCUCGGUGAAACAACAACUCGGUUAUGUGUAGAAAAUUUUGUGGAAGGGAUAAUAAAUUUGUUCGGCGAAGAAUACCUAAGAAAACCAACACCAGCUGAUCUUCAACGUCUACUUGAUAUUGGAGAGUAUCGUGGCUUUCCUGGGAUGAUAGGAAGCAUCGAUUGUACGUUAAAUGAUAUCAAUGUUCUUGAUCGUUCACCAGUUUUUGAUGACAUAAUAAAUGGUCAAGCUCCAAAAGUCACUUUCUCUGUCAACGGACAUCAGUAUAAUAUGGCUUACUAUCUCACCGAUGGUAUUUAUCCGAAAUGGUCAACUUUUAUCCAAUCUAUUCGUAUACCACAAGGGCCGCAAGCAGUUUUAUUUGCUCAGCAUCAAGAAGCUGCCCGAAAAGUUGUAGAGUGGGCUUUUGGAGUCUUGCAAGCUCGCUUUGGCAUUGUUAAAAAUCCAGCGAGGAGUUGGGAUAAAGUCAAAAUUGAGAAGAUUAUGAGAGCAUGUAUCAUACUCCAUAAUAUAAUCGUCGAAAACGAAAGAGACGGUUACACUCAAUUUGAUGUUCGAGGGUUCCAACAAGGAGAAGACCAAGGAAGUUCACAUGUUGAUCUCACGUAUUCUACAGAUAUCCCUUCAAAUAUCGCAAAUAUGAUGGGUGUUCGAACAAGAAUUCGUGAUACACAAAAGCAUCAACAACUGAAAGAUGAUUUGGUUGAACACAUAUGGCGUAGAUUUGGAGGUGGUGAAGACAACAAUUGA